CACGCGUUAUACGGGAAAUCUAGUCGUAAAAUCUCUCUUAAUUUACUUGCAUCUCGUGAAAAAUGCUCAGAACGAGAUCGAACGAGAUGAUUUGUCAUAGGGAGUGUUAAUUGUCGUCUUCAACGAGCCACUUUGUCGGUUGCACAUCAACAACAGUCCUCUAGGGUCUUGUUAGUCGACUGGACGAUUGUAUCAGUAACAACUUCCACUUUUUCCAUAAAGAUCCGAUAGUCUAUCACCGCAUAUAAUCUCUAACAAGUGUUCUCUUUCAUCUCAACACCCCACUUUUCUCCAAAUUUGCUAAUUCUAACUGCCGAAUCGUCGAGUAGCUUUUCAUAUGAAUUUCGUUCGUUUGAAUUUAAUAAAUUAAAGCAAUUACUGUGGCUAUACUCUGCCCGUAAUUGCCGAUACGAAGGGAAACUGCUUCGAUCGUUAUCGAUCCGAAAUUUUGGCAGGCAUUCGGAAGAAAGACCCACUUUAGUUCCUCGGGUAGAGUCCAUUCUUAAAGACAGAAAUCUUAUUACACCGAGUCUGAAAUAACGCGACGUUACUUUAGUAAAGUGGUUUAUUCCCCGAAAUUAGUGCGAUAGUAGGUCAAUUAUCGGUUUUAUGUAGUAGAAAAUAGUACUUAUUUACGGUUCGACCUCUUAAAUUAUUAUCGUUUAAUUAAAUAAAAUUUUACUGUGACUGAGAUCAAUGACAUUAGUAUUGAUAUUAAUAAGCAUACUACAAAAUAAAUGAUGAGGAAAAUGGUUUUACACGACGGAUUUUAUAAUAUAACACAGUUGAACCUCGAUAUAGCGUCACCCCGGUAUAGCCAUCAGUGCCCAAGAAUGGAUCUUCCUCAUAACUACUAUCCUUCGAUAUCUCUAAAUUAUAAAAUGUAGGAUUUUACAUUGCAAAAAGCAUCACCAAAUUAUGUGACUCGUGUUUAGAUCUCACUAAAACAAGUACUCAAUUUAGUGCCAAUUUCAGAAUCGAACAAGUGCUUGCGUUAUAUCGAGGUUUGAUUUGUAUAACACUAUUAAAAAUGUCUGAAUUUUUAUUUAGAAAAUUCAGUAUUUUCAAGCGUGCCUCGUACUAGCCGAGUUGACAUAACUUGUUAAUUAAUUCGAAAUAACAGCUGAACUUUAUAUAAAUUUGCAGAAAAGUGCUGCGGAUAAUGGAUUUAUAAACUAAUAGGUUUCAGGUGUAUUGGUUAUUUUAUUAACACUUCUCAGUAUAAAAACAAUAAAAAGUAACCGUGACUAGAGAGAGAAGCUAAUUAAGACCUACUGAAGGUCGUGGGUUCGAUCCACCCGAAGCCAAAACAUUCUGUACGUGCUUAUAAACGUAAUUUUCAAGUGUUUUGAUGUUCCGAACACGAUUUUUACUCUCUUUUUGAUACUGUGUGGAUGUGCGUGUCUUUGGUAAGAAAGGGGGACCAAGUUUGAUGGAGGCGAUUCGUUAUUUCGCGCGGUUGCACCUAUUGAUUUUCGGAAUGAUUAGUACUUUUUCCUUUCCUUUCUUUACUUGUAUUUGCUCUCGUGUCGCGUGUACACACGUGGGCUAAGUUGUGUGAAGCUCACAGAUUUGUUUUCUUUUUAAACAAAUAAAGCCUUUCUUUGAAAUAUGUAUCUUUCUUUCAUCCAUAGUAAAAAUUUCUUCAUAAAUAUAGCUAAUUGUCGUAUAAAAUAGUUGCGUUAACGCAGUAAAACCCAUGUAAACAAGAAAUGCACGAUACAAAAUUAAUUUGUCCGUUUUAGACGGGUUUUACGGCACUAGAAAUUGUCCUAAACUUUCUAUGUUGAGUUCUAUAAUAGUACGAUUAUUUACUCUUAUUUAAAUGAAACUCGAUUAAAGAGCAUGCAUGACAGACGUGACGUCACGUAAGAGGCGCCCGACUUGUCAACCGCUUUCGAAUUCAAAUCCAAAAAAUAAAUUUCAUAGAAAAUCCGUCACAUUCAAUCAAUCAUAAUCCCCGUCUUUCUCGUUUAAAUUUAAUUUUAAACGAGAAAAUUUUUCUUUUUUAUUUUCAUUAAUAUUUUGAAUAAUUCUUGCAUAUUAGAGGGAACUCGGUUUUUCAAGGUUUAUUACAUAAAAACCAAUUUUAAAAAUAUAUCGAGGACCUCAAGACGGUAUUUGGCACGGGCAUUUCUAGAAUCCGAGAGACCCUAUAAGUGUGUAUUUUAAUAAUUCGAUGUCCAUUUUACUAAUAUUAGGCAAUUCUGGAGGAGAAGUAGGUUUUUUUUCUUCCUCUUUGCUUCAAAAGAAAUUGAGUUAUGACGUAAUGAGUAGGAAAAAGGAAUGAGAUAGUCACUCCGAAUCAGCUAAUCAGCCAAUUAACGACAGUAGAAGCAAGAAAAACGGCUGCAAUACCUACCCAUAACAUGAAGCAGCUAAGUGCACGUGCACUUACAACGGAGACGGUACGAUUCUCUCCCCUCAUUUUCGCUACCGAUUAAACUAUCGUUCUCCACGGAUUGUUUUCUGUAUAUAAAUCCCGACCUUGCUAUCGAUUUACAGAUCGUAAUGCAACGAUAUAAUCGUGACAAAUUCGUAUAAAUAUCUCCUCCUCAGAGAAUAUAUCGGGAAGAGGGCUCCCUUAAAUAUCCCUCAAGGGAAAUUCAGUAACAUCUCUGAUACGCCGACUUCUUUAUGGUAUAAAAUCAGUUUUUCUGUUUUCUUGUAGUUUGUAUCGAAAUAUUUGGUCUUUUGAUGUUUAAGUGGAAGAAUUACUUUUUUAUUUUACGAAGAAGUUUUCGUAGUUAAUAAUAGAAUAAUUAGAGGUUUAGCGUUAUAAAAACGAGAACCGCGCUAUAAAUGACUGCAUGUCAGCAUUUAAACGCGUUUCUCUGAGAAAAUUUCUUAAUAGCUUCAUAAUGUUUUACAUAAAAACUUAGUGUUUCUGCUGUUUAUUUUUCAAAUAUUUUAGCUUUAUUUAUUUUAAAAUUAAAUUACUAACUGGAAUAAAGUUUGUAAAGGUUAAAAAUAGGUCGCUUGGUCGGAGGGGAAAUAUAUAUAUAUAUAUCGAUUAAGCCUAAAAUACUCAAAGGAUAUAAGUUAAGCUCGUAAAGUUUGUCGGGCCGAAUUUAUUUUUGUCAAACGUAAGCAAAAACUGGGCAAGAUGUGAGUCUCAAAUUGCUGAAAUCCCGAGGGAGUUUGGAAAAAUAUGCCGCAAGAGGGCGACUUUGCUAUUGGAAGAUUUUCUUUAAUAACCACGUGACCGACUGGAGCGCUUCUUGCUGAUCGAAGACAACAGAAAGGAGGCUUUUUUAAAUUUAUUAUAUUUUUUUCAACGGGAGUAAUAUCUCUCCAAUAGUUAAUCUUGUAUAAGCGUUUCUUGUCCGGUUUCUAUAUAGAAAAAUGUUCAAAUCGAUCUUUGUUUAUACAAUUUUAACAAUUAGUAAAUCUCAAAAUUUCGAUUAUUUCUUCAUCGAUUCGAACGAAACGAUUUUCUUAAAGGACAGUUUGGAUUAUUUCAACAAAAACUUUAAUUUUAACGACGAUCGCGGCGAUGUUUCGGUAUCUGAAACUAGUACGAUUAAUAUAAAUUUGAAAAAUAUUUCUAAUGAAAUGAAAACUGGCAACGCUAGGCAGAGCUGUACUCUUUUGAUGACGUUAAUCGUCCAUAAUGACGAUCAUCUGUUAAAAUUAUUUUGGGAUUUUCACAUUUAUUUAUUCUCGAUUCUAUUUACUAUUUCUUCUAUUUAUUCUAUUAUAAAUAUGUUAUUGUUCUUAACAGUAUCGGAUAGUCGUUACCGAAAAUAUUUUUUCUUCUUAAAUUCAAUGCUCUUGAUGUCAUCGACAUUCAGAGUGAUAUUUUUACUGUACGAUUCUUACAAUUCGAAUAAUCUGAACUUAUUCAGAUAUUUUAUUUAUAAAACCGCUUAUCCGAGUAUUAGUUCGGGUUUUGGUUUAAUUUUUCUUAUUUAUUUUCAAUCCACCAACCUGAAAUUUCCACGUCCCUUCGCAGUUCUCUCCAUUAUAACUUUUCAUUUUCUCUUCUCCUUGACUUCUGAUAUUAUGUCUGGAUGGUUCGGGCGAUACAUAAUUUUAUUUAUGAUCUGUCAAAUAAUAUUCAUAACGUGGUCUAAUUAUUUAUCAUUCAUUUAUUUAUAUAAUUUCAGAGAACUGUUGAAAAUUGCCAUCAUCAAACACGGCGAAUAUUUGAGAUCGACUUUCACUCGUUCUCGUGUCAAUAAAACAAAUUUUGACAAGUUAAAUUAUUAUCUGGUGGUUAAAAUAUCUUUAAUAGUUUCCAUCUUAUUUAUUUUAAUAGCGAUUAUCAAUAUUUAUGGUGUUUCGGCUUUGGUUUUUAAUUUUAAAACUUGUUCGCCGUGGUCUCUGUGGUGUUAUCACACCGUAGAUAGAAGCUUGGAAGUUAUGAUUUGUCUAUGCUGUUGCUUUCUCGUAUAUAAAACUAGGCAUUUCUAUUAUAGAUAUUCAAUGUUUGGGCAUUUUUCUUGUUGCGACAGAAGCGCGCGAAACAGGAACCAAAAUCAAUGCCAAAUUUCAUCCUCAUUCGAGCAAUCUUCAGAGUUGUUCUCGGGCUCGGCGCCUGUUAAAAAUUCACCGGUUUCGCGCUCGAAGAUAUGUAAUCGCAAUUUCAUUACUACUAUUAAUGAAGAAUCGGAAAUAUGUGAGGAUAAAGGGCUGCAAGAGAAUAUGAUGUGUAUUUCUAAAUGGAACGAGUUCCUGUAUUCUUCUCCAGAAGCAAAGAGCGAAGAACAAGAUUCCAUUUUAGCGUGUGCAGGCUCGAAAACACCUUCGUUGGAAGAUUCCUAUUCACCAAUUUUUCGGUGUCAUUACGGUCGAAAGUCAAGCCCUUGCAGUUUUGCAACUACCGAUAACAGUGCCGAUACUUCAGAUCAGUUAACUCCUGCCAAACAGGCGGAAGGAAGAUUAGGUAGUAGCUGCAGUUCCGAAAGUGCUGGAAACAGUUUCGACGUGACACUCUUCAGAUUUUGGACAAGAGAACCGCAUCACGUGAACGGAUAUACUGUUUCUCCUCUACAGAAUCAUCCAUUUCGUUUAGAUUUACGUAAGGAUAUGGUAAGUGUCGCUUGUGGUACCGAAGACAUCACACCAGAUUCUGCCAUUAACGUCGACGUCGUUAUGGAAGAGAGACACGAAAUUAAUGCGAAAACAAGAAGUUAUAACAUUGAAACGGCGGAAAUCAUCAAAUUGAAAGAUGAAGGUAGUACCACAUCAAAACAGCGCAUACAAGGAGAAAAUACAAGGUGUCAGAUAUGCAAAUUCAUAUUAUAUUGUGGAUGCGCAUCAAAGGAAGUACAAAACUGA